UGCCUUCCCGGCGCGCCCGGUGGCUCCUCCUCCUCAUCGAGGCCGAAGCGCCUCGUCGUCCUCCUCCCUCCUCGGGUCCUGUUCUUCUGGAGCGGCCGGUGGAGGGCGCGCCGUGCCGCGCUGGUGGUGCUGCGGCCUCUCCCUCCUCCUCCGCAGCGGGCGAGGCCCCGGCUGCCGCUGGAGGAGGCCGCCGCCGCACGCAGCCGGGGCCGCAGGAGGAUGAGGCGAGUGGCGCGGGUGGCGCUGCUGUGCCUGGGCUGCGGCUUGGGCUCGCUGCUCUACGCCUUCAGCCAGCUGGCUCUUUCGCUCGAGCAGGAGGCGCCCCGAGGCCGCCAUGGGGACGCCGCUUUUCCCCUCAGGAGGCAACUGAGCGGCGGCGGCUGGAGGGCCGCGGCGGGAAGCUCAGGCCGCAGCAGCGGCGUGGAGGCGCCGGUGGGGCUGCUGCCGGGAAGGUGUAAGAAUGUGUCUGUAUCUUACUGGAACUCCUAUUGGAUGCUGCCCUCUGCUGUUUGUGGAAUGAACUGCUUUUGGGAAUCUGCUCGUAGAUAUGAUUUUCUGAAAAAACAACCUUAUGAGAAGAUGCACCUGGCAGUGGUAGCCUGUGGUGAAAGAUUGGAAGAGACAGUUACUAUGUUGAGAUCAGCCAUAAUUUUCAGCAUCAAAUUUCUACAAUUUCAUAUUUUUGCAGAGGAUCCAUUACACGACAAUUUCAGAAAAAUACUUGAUAGUUUGGUGUAUCAAGAAAAAUUUAAUUACACUUUAUACCCCAUCUCGUUUCCAACUGAGAAUGCAGCAGAGUGGAAGAAACUGUUCAAACCCUGUGCUUCUCAAAGGCUUUUCUUGCCAAUGAUCCUCAAAGAGGUGGACUCUUUGCUCUAUGUCGACACAGACAUCUUGUUCUUAACACCUGUUGAUGAUAUUUGGUCUUUCCUGAAAAAAUUCAAUUCUACUCAAAUUGCUGCAAUGGCGCCUGAACAUGAGGAACCUCGCAUUGGGUGGUAUAAUCGUUUUGCAAGGCACCCGUAUUAUGGAAAAACUGGAAUAAAUUCUGGAGUGAUGUUAAUGAAUAUGACCCGCAUAAGAAGAAAAUAUUUCAAGAAUGAUAUGACGACGGCAAGGUUGCGAUGGGAAGAAACUCUCAUGCCAUUGCUGAAAAAGUAUAAGUUGAAUAUAACAUGGGGCGAUCAGGAUCUUCUGAACAUUAUGUUUUUUCAUAAUCCAGAAAGCCUUUUUGUUUUUCCUUGCCAAUGGAACUAUCGGCCUGACCACUGUAUUUAUGGAAGCAAUUGCCACCAGGCUGAAAAAGAAGGAAUAUUCAUCCUUCAUGGAAACAGAGGUGUUUACCAUGAUGAGAAACAACCAGCUUUUCGAGCUCUCUAUGAUGCAAUAAAAAAUUAUUCAUUUGGUGAUGACCUGGUACAUGCCUUGUUAAUGCCCCUUGAACUGGAACUACAAAAGACGCAGCAUACUUACUGUGGAAGAAUAUACAAAGUAUUCACAAAACGGCUAACAAAAAGCAUUAGGGACAUUUAUGAAAGAAGAUCUAAGGGAAGGUGACCUUGAGGGGCUCCCCAAACGUUUGAGUUAAACAACACAGAUGUGAGAGAAUAUAUGAUGCCUGAAGGAUAUUCAUGAACAAAAUGGAAUAUUGCUCUCAUCAGUAGUUACUUUUAUGCUGAAUGUGGACAAAAUGAAGAAGAUGCUGUUUAUCUUGAAGAACUCUCUACAGGGGGGAAAAGGCAUGCUGUGGAGACAUUUUGAAAGUACACAACAGUGAAUUGUAACAGUGAAGUGUUACUGAGUUUUGUAUUCAGGUUUUUUCUGUUUUGUUCAGUUGCUUAUAACCUCAAAUGAACAAGAUAAAAAUGAAGGUCUUUAUAUUGUAUAAAUGACUGUAUACUCUCUCAUAUCUAACCUAAAAUUCUGAUAAACUGUGAAUGUAGCAGCAACAGAGUCAGCACUAACCUCACUUUAAAAGUGUGAGAACAAGUUGUUUACAAACCGCAUAAUUUUUCUGUUUUCACAGGAAUCUGAUGUGACUGAUGACAAUCUAUAUGUGCCUUUGUUUUCAUCUCUUAUAUUUUAAAAUAUUUUGACAAUCAUGAUUUACUUCUUUACCUGUAAACUGCACAUAAUACACAAGACUUCCACUCGAAAUAUGAAUACCUAGCAGUGGAAACAAAUCUGGCGUCAUCUGUUCUUAAGGAUAUAUUGCCAUAAUCUAGGAUUGGGGAAUUCGUGGCUCUUCAGAUGUUGCCAAACUACAACUCCAAAUGUCCCUGACCAUUGGCCAUGCUGACUGGAGCUUAUGGGAGUUGGAGUCCAGGAACAUCUGGAGGGCCACAGGUCCCCUCUCCUACUAUACACAGAACAGCUGGGAUCCAAAGAGCUACACAGGUGCAUGAAAGACUUUGGCAAGGGCUUGCCCAAUCAGUCUUCCUCCACCUCUAUCCCUUGAACAAGGGAACCCAUUGCCAUGUCACAAACUGAUUGUGGAAGUCUUAACGGUGUCAGAAGCAAUUUGCUGUGUGGCAUGGGGGCCAUAGUUUGAGAAGUCCACACCCAAAGCCCCCUUGUUGGUGCAGAAAUAGUGAGGUUCUUUGGGUCCUGGCCAACAUUUUAACAUGGUUGACCCAUAUUGCCAGAAUGGCAUGGCUGGAUUUACUAGGGAGAAAUAUUAUAUAGAUAUUAUGAAUAUAGUUUUUCUUAAAUUUGAAUAAGAUUUUUAUAUAACUUUACUGGCCCUUCUGGAAUUAAAAAAACAUGGUGUGAAAUAUACUAUAGUUUAUUAUGAAACUAUUAUAUUAGGAUAAGUGAAUCCUGAGAGUUAAAAUGCAAACUUACUCGCUUGCCUCUGCAUACACUAGGCUUAAUCAUAAAGUAAUGAGAUAUGGAGGAUAGUUGCUCAUCUUGAUUUGACAGUUGUUUUAUUGCCAAAUAUUUAUUGCAUAUUUUGCAACAAAGCUUUAAAAUGUUUGGCCAGUAUCUGCUGUUACAAACCUCUGAUUUCACUGGAACCAUGAUGAUAAUUCCAUUAUGCAGUGCUCUGGUGAUAAUAUUUGUUUAGAAUUAAAAUAUUUGUCAUAAUAAUAGUAAUAAUUGCUGCAAAAUAAUGUACUGCAUAAAAUGCUAUUUUAUUACCAUACUUAAUUAUUAUAAUAUUGUAUUACAUAUAGUGGGAAUGAAAUUGGUAGUAUCUGAACGUAGAAGUUGUCCAACUGGAUUUAGCUUCUUUAAAAGCUCUAUUGCAGGGAUAAAAAACCUGUGGCCUUCCAAAUAUUGCUCUCAACAUCCCUGAUAACUGGAGGUGGUUGGAAUUGAAGUUCAACAACAUCUGGAGGGCUGCAAGUUCCCUCUUCCUAUUCUACUUUCUUGGCAUGGGUUGACAUCUCAGAACUUCAACAGCAUACACCGCUGCUGAAAAUGUGAAACUCUAAAAAUGGAGGACAUCUUUUCUUCUCCUUCCUGUAGCUACUAGUAUAUAAUACAGAGAACAUUUAGAAAAGUGCAUAUCCUGUACAUGUUAAGAUAUGGAACUAUUGUGUAACAAGUAAGAUCUGCCACAAAAUGUUGCGGUGUAUAUUCCUUCUAACAGUUCAGGCUGCCAGCCAGCCAUUUCCUCCAGCCGUGGUAUUUCACUCUCCCUCCCAUUUCAGUUUUCCUUCCCAACUGACACUCAACAUUCCAUGGCUUGUUGGGCAUAGCAGAUUGUCUUCGGGCCUGUUUUGUGUUUUGGGGGGUGGAGUUAUCCCUUUAGGAUUUUUUAAAAAGUUGAUUGUACCUGUGCAAACCUUGGGGUUCUCCCCACCCACUUGUCCCUGACUACACUAAUACGUUCUCUUCUUUCCCAGUGCCUCUAUUCCGGCUUCAAUCCUGUUAGCUCUCCUCUCUGAGUUGCCGUUUAGAGGGGUGAUACCUGGCUGCGUUUUUAGUUUUUAUGUCUACUCAGCCAAAGCUAGUGUGGCCCAACUUUAAUCAUUGGCCACCCUUCAGCUCACAGUUGUUUUCAGGGCGGGGAGAAGAAAGGGCCAUCCCCCAUUUUGAAAAACGAGUUGGUCGAUCUCCUAGAAGCCACCCAUUGGGCAUCCUGUCUCUCCAUCUUUUGGAAUAUUGUUAGCGUAUUUGUCCCAGUGAAUGUCACGCUAAGAGUAAAAUGAUUUCCAUAUUUUGAAAACUAGUAUUUGGCUCAUUGAAAGGCAUUGCCACCCUGGGCGCCUUUGGGAGGAAGGGUGGGCUGUUAAUGUAAUAAAUAAUAGCAAUAAAUAAUUACCUGAGAUGCUUUGUGUAUAACUUUUGUACAUCUAACUAUCAGCAUGUUUUAUUGGAGCUUGAGCAUAAAGGUGUUUUGAUGUCUUGCUAAAAAGAAACACUCAUUUUAAUAUUGAAACAUGGGUAUAGGUAGAUAUUAAGUUCUUAUGAAGUCAUGCUGUAAUUUUAUUUAAACAAUAGUGUAUAUGUUCUCUUAGAAAAUGAACAAACUUGCAGAAGCCAGCUGGUUCCCGUGCAAAGCAUUGUUAUAAUUAUUUUUACAUAAACUGUUUUCUAUUA